CUACGCUGCCUCCUCAGCCUCCGCCUGCCACCGCGACCGCGACCGCCGCUCGCUGUCGAGACCCGAGGAGUAGUCAAGUCCAAGCCCGCCCGCCCAGGCUUACACCUCCCCCCACCCCCUCAGGCCGCUGCCUCCUCACCACACGCGCGCGCCUGGCUUACCUUCCCCGACGACCCGCGUCCCACCGCCGCGUCGUCUGUUAGCUUCCACUGUGAGGCCUCCGCCUCCCGGAGCCCAGCCCGGCGGUACCCCGUGAGCUGUGUGGAGGGUGUGGUCGUGCGGGCCUGCGGCCGUCGUCGGGGGCAGAUCCAAGGGGCUCAGCCGGGCACGGCGUGGAUAGUAGCAGAUCGCGAGGCGCCUCGAUCGGCUUGUUGUACUUUGAGCUACUUUUUUGGGCGUUUGGCUCGGGAGAUAUGGCCGCGGCGAUGGACUUGGUCAACCAUGGAGCGGCUGCUGCCUCAGGAAUGUCUAGCGAUGCACUGUACCAGGAGCUAUGGCAUGCUUGUGCCGGUCCGUUGGUCACAGUGCCUAGACUAGGCGAGCUUGUCUAUUACUUCCCCCAGGGCCAUAUGGAGCAGCUUGAGGCAUCUACACACCAGCAGUUUGACCAGUACCUGCCGAUGUUCAAUCUACCAUCCAAGAUCCUAUGCAGUGUUGUCAACGUAGAACUACGGGCGGAAGCUGAUUCAGAUGAAGUUUAUGCUCAAAUUAUGCUGCAACCAGAAGCUGAUCAAAGUGAACUCACAAGCCUGGACCCUGAGCCACAAGAACGCGAGAAAUGCACUGUCCAUUCCUUCUGCAAGACACUGACAGCUUCAGAUACGAGCACCCAUGGUGGUUUCUCUGUUCUUCGGAGACAUGCUGAAGAAUGUCUUCCUCAGCUGGACAUGUCUCAGAAUCCACCUUGCCAAGAACUGGUUGCCAAAGAUCUCCAUGGAACUGAAUGGCAUUUUCGGCACAUUUUUCGAGGACAACCUAGGAGGCAUCUCCUCACUACUGGCUGGAGUGUUUUUGUUAGCUCGAAAAGAUUGGUUGCUGGUGAUGCAUUUAUCUUCAUGAGAGGUGAAAAUGGUGAGCUACGGGUUGGCGUAAGGAGGCUUAUGAGGCAAGUAAAUAGCAUGCCGUCAUCUGUCAUAUCAAGCCACAGCAUGCAUCUUGGAGUCCUAGCAACAGCCUCCCAUGCCAUCUCAACUGGAACCCUCUUUUCUGUUUUCUACAAACCCAGAACUAGCCGAUCUGAUUUUAUUGUGAGUGUUAACAAGUACCUUGAAGCUAAGAAGCAGAAAGUAUCUGUUGGAAUGAGGUUCAAGAUGAGAUUUGAAGGUGAUGAAGCUCCUGAAAGAAGGUUCAGUGGAACAAUUAUCGAUAUUGAGAGCUUGCCGGCAAUGUCAAAAUCUCUAUGGGCAGAUUCUGACUGGAGAUCUCUAAAAGUCCAAUGGGAUGAGCCUUCAUCCAUUCUCCGUCCAGAUAGAAUUUCACCAUGGGAAGUGGAACCACUGGAUGCAGCUAAUCUGCAAUCCCCUCAACCUCCAUUAAGGAAUAAGCGUGCACGACCCCUAGCUUCACCUUCUAUGGUUCCAGAACUACCUCCAGGCUUUGGAUUGUGGAAUGCCCCGUCUGAACAAACCCAGACACACUCAUUUUUGGAACCACAAUGGUCUCGGGAGUUGUUCCGUUCAACUCCCACUUCUACCUUCUCAUCGUCAUCGAACAGUGGAUUCAAUUCAAAGAAUGAGCCAUCCAUGCUAAACAAUCAUUUCUACUGGUCAGCAAGGGAAUCGAGAGUUGACUCCUGCACUGGUAGCACUAACAAAGUCACUGUUGUAAAGAAGCGAGAAUCAAGUUCUGCUGGUUGCAGAUUGUUUGGAAUCGAGAUACGCCCAGCCGAGGGAGAAGCAUUACCUGUGGUUACAGCUCCAGGUCUUGGUUCUGACCAAGCUGCUGCCUCAGUAGACUUGGACUCCAAUAAACUCUCAAAACCAUCUGAUGUCAAUGAUUCUGAUGCUCCAGCAGCUAGCAGUGAGCCUUCUUCCCUUGAAUCUCAAAGCCGGCAAGUGAGGAGCUGCACCAAGGUAAUUAUGCAAGGAAUGGCGGUUGGAAGGGCUGUUGACCUGACAAAGCUUAGUGGCUACAGCGAUCUUUGCCAGAAGUUGGAGGAGAUGUUUGAUAUCCAGGGGGAGCUAGGUUCCACACUCAAGCAAUGGCAGGUUGUUUACACUGAUGAUGAGGAUGAUAUGAUGCUUGUUGGGGACGAUCCUUGGAAUGAGUUUUGCAGCAUGGUGAAAAGAAUUUACAUUUACACGUCUGAGGUGGCGAAGCAGCUGGCACCGAAGUCUAAGCUACCAGUUAGCAGUGACACCAGCAAGUUGAGUGCUGUAAACUCGCCACCUGAAUGAGUCAUCUGACUUGGACUCCAUACCAACAAAGACUACUGAGUGCUAACAUCGCUCUAUUCCUGUUAUUUCUUCGGUCGAUCAUGGGGUGUAAGUGCCCAUGAUCCUUCACUCUGCUGGGAGCUUCUCAUCAUUGCUUUGUGGGCUGAAGGCGUGGUUGAUAUUUGCCUUGAAUUUUGGAGGCAUUUGAACUGCCAGGCCAGCAUGAGCUCCUGGGAGAGGCAUUCUAGCAACGUGUGAUGUUUCCUGUUUGUUUGCGCUAUUUGGUAGGAACCAUCAGCCAGGGUGUUCUUGUCAGGUAUCUGGUUUUAAGCAAGAACCGGUCAACGGAAGAUGGAUGGCGCCUUGCCCCUUCCUUCUAUUGCGUAGCUAGUAACUAGGACUAUGUAUGAAUGUAUAUAGUAUCGUUAGGAUGCCCUGGUAUUGAGGUUCGGGCAUUUGUAGCGUAUGCAUCGAUGCGGUUCAGCAACUGUUUUCUUUAGCAUCAACAACCUUGAGGACGGAGGUGGUGUGGAUGUAAGUUUCUUUCAGUAGCAACCUUGUGGAAGCUAUCUGUAUAUAAUCUGCUAGUACCUAGUAGUAUGUAAUAAGUGACAUUGUGCUUCUAGCAUUCCACUUCCACUGUGAUGAACUUUCCUGUGGUGGUUUA